UGUCGCUGCAUCCAUUUUUGUGUAUUUAAGAUAUCUUCAAGGAUUACCAAACCUGGAGAAAAGCGAGGCACCGGUGCAGAGGGACUCAAAAGGGAAGCAAACAUUUAUUAUGAGAUGCAAAAGAACUUUUCCAGGACGAUGACAGCGAUGGGUUAGACAGGAUUGAACAGGAUGAUGGCCAAAUAAAAGCAUCGGCGUGUAAAGAUGUCUGCUCCAGCCGUGCCCCGCAGCGGGCCUGUCCUGCCGGAGAUGCCGGACCUGAGCCACCUCACCGAGGAGGAGAGGAAGAUCAUCCUCGGUGUCAUGGACAGGCAGAAGAAAGAGGAGGAGAAGGAGCAGUCCAUGUUGAAGGUCAAAGAAGAUGAAAAGUCUCAGCCAGUCCAGUGGUUUCCCUUUAGUGGAAUCACUGAUCUGGUUAAUAAUGUUCUCCAGCCCCAGACAAAGUCCCAAAACCAACCGCAAAUAGAGCCUCCAAAGGAGCCAGAGACGAAAUUGCACCAGCAAUUUGAAAUGUAUAAGGACCAGGUGAGUAAGAUGGGGGAAGAGGCACAGAGCACCCAGGAGCAGAAGAGUGACUCCCCCACCUGUGGAAUCUGCCAUAAAACCAAGUUUGCCGACGGCUGUGGCCACCUCUGUUCGUAUUGCCAAAGCAAGUUCUGCGUUCGCUGUGGAGGAAGAGUUUCACUACGCUCUAACAAGGUGAUGUGGGUAUGCAAUCUGUGCCGAAAACAACAAGAAAUCCUCACCAAGUCAGGGGCCUGGUUCUACAGCAGCCCAGGGGGCGCCCUAGACCUCAGCCUGGGGCAGUGCACUCCACACGAGAGCGUUUUCUGUUCCUCUAGCGCUCUUAUUCCUUCAGGAAGAGGGAAAAUGCAGUUUGAGACAUUGCGUCAGUUCUGUAGCUCGGUUUUAUCUCAUUUUAAUGGGGCUUUCACGCCGCCGCAGAAUAUUCUGCAGACGGAGCUCCUGGAACAGGCGCUCAGCACCAUCGGGAAAAGAAGUCCAUCAGCAACCAGGGAUCCAAACCAAAAAUACGACCAAAGGGAGGAGAAGGCAGAGCGUUCGCAGUAUGCCCCAGGGGCGGGCGGCAUGCCACGAUCGCCGUCUGACUACGGGGCCGGAGACCGCCAAUGGCGGGGAGGCUACGGCCGCUUCUACGAGGACGCAGAGGUAGCACGGAGUGCAUACCGCGCUCGACGGGGCGGCUGGCACUCUCAGGAAGAGUAUCCACCUGAACCCGGCUUCCUGCCCGAUGGCCCGCCUCUCAGCGAGCACGAGCUUCAGCGGCAACGGCAGGAGGAGUACCAGAACCGCUACCGCAGUGACCCAAACCUGGCCCGCUACCCAAUCAAACCACAACCUUACGAGGAACAGAUGCGCAUGCAUGCGGAGGUUUCGAGAUUCAGGCACGAACGGCGCCACAGUGAUGUCUCCCUGGCGUACAUGGAGAUGGAGGAGCCCUUGGGGCCCCUGCGGGGUCCCCACUACUCACCAGAUCCCGGACACACCCACUGGAGGUCCAACCACAGUCCACCCGGCGUGGACUCCCUCCACAGGCAGCAGCACCUGGAUCCCGUCUCGGCCGUAAGGAAGAGUAAACGAGAAAAGAUGGAGAGCAUGUUGCGGAACGACUCGCUCAGUUCCGACCAAUCAGAGUCCGUCAGGCCGCCGCCGCCCAAACCUCACAAGACGAAGAGGGGCGGCAAAAUGAGGCAGGUGUCUCUGAGCAGCUCGGAAGAGGAACUGGCCACUACACCGGAGUACACCAGCUGUGAGGAUGUGGAGAUCGAGAGUGAGUCUGUGAGCGAGAAAGGAGAUUUGGAUGGCCACUGGUGGGAUCAUACAACGUGGCAUAGCAGCGAUGCUUCCUCCAUGUCUUUGCACCCGGUCACAUGGCAGCCCUCCAAAGAUGGAGAUCGACUCAUCGGCAGGAUUCUGCUCAACAAGCGCAUGAAGGACGGCAGCGUUCCCCGUGACUCUGGAGCUCUUCUGGGACUGAAAGUGGUUGGGGGAAAGAUGACAGAGUCUGGGCGACUUUGUGCAUUCAUCACCAAAGUAAGGAAAGGGAGUUUAGCGGAUACAGUUGGGCAUCUCAGACCAGGUGACCAGGUCCUAGAGUGGAACGGGCGACAGUUGCAAGGAGCCACAUUUAAAGAAGUUUACAAUAUCAUUUUAGAAUCAAAGCCAGAGCCUCAGGUGGAACUAGUGGUCUCACGACCCAUUGGCGAUAUCCCCAGGAUACCAGAAAGCACACACUCACAACUGGAAUCCAGUUCGAGUUCAUUUGAGUCUCAGAAGAUGGAGCGCCCCUCCAUAUCCAUCACGUCUCCCAUGAGCCACGGAGUGCUGCGGGACGGCCCACAGUACUUAUCGGGACAGCUUACAAGCCAAAGCCUUAGUAGAAGAAUUGAGCCUUUUAACCCUAAAGUUCAGGUCAAACUUUGGUAUGACAAAGUCGGCCAUCAGCUAAUCGUCACCAUACUGGGUGCAAAGGACCUGCCUUCAAGGGAAGACGGCCGACCACUCAAUCCUUACGUGAAGAUCUACUUCCUCCCUGACAGAAGUUUGAAUCAUUGUUUCUCCAGUGACAAAAGCAAAAGAAGAACAAAAACAGUAAAGAAAUCACUAGAGCCCAAAUGGAACCAGACCUUUAUGUAUUCCCCCGUCCACCGGCGGGAGUUCAGGGAACGCAUGCUGGAGAUCACGCUGUGGGACCAGGCCCGGGUGCGAGAGGAGGAGAGUGAGUUCUUGGGAGAGAUCCUCAUAGAGCUGGAAACAGCGCUGCUGGAUGAUGAGCCGCACUGGUAUAAGCUACAAACACAUGACGUCUCUUCGGUACCCCUACCGAAGAGCUCCCCCUGCCUUCAGAGACGAGCGCUGCAUGGAGACAGUCCCACACGCAGACUGCAGACCAAAGGCCCGUUUGUGUACAGCUCAGGGUCUCAGAGGAUCAGUGACAGCGAGUUCUCAGACUAUGACUGUGAGGAUGGUGUUGGCGUCCUAUCAGACUAUAGAAACGGCAGGGACCUCCAGAGCUCCACCCUCUCUGUGCCUGAGCAGGUCUUAUCGUCCAAUCACUGCUCUCGGUCAGCCGACAUCAACCGAGCGCGCUCACGGUCUCCCAGCAUGCCCCCUACUCAGAGUCAUUUUCUCACCUUACCUCGAACCCGACACAGUCAGCCUCAUGACAGUCAGCUGGAGGAACUCAGGAAUUACGGAGCUCCAGACAGGCACGAGAAUCACCACAGGUCCCGUUCUGCAGACCAGCGGUCCGUGCUGGAGCGGCCCAUGUACAGUCGCUCUCGCUCCACAGAGCGGCCACCCGACGGCCCCCACAUGAGAUCAUCGAUGCCCUCCCUGCCGUCAGGACACUCCGCGCCACCCUCCCCUGCCUUAUCGAGGGCGCAUCCUCGUGGUGGAUCGGUUCAGACCAGCCCCACCGGGACCCCCGUGAACAGCAGGAGAGGACGACAGCUCCCACAACUACCUCCAAAAGGGACGCUGGAAAGAAAAGACGGAGGUGAAGAACUUGAGCCUUCUCCAGGUGCUAUGGAUGUUGAGGAGCGGACGCGGCAGAUGAAACUGAAGAUGAACAAGUAUAAACAGGGAACGGGCUCAGACUCCAGACUGGAACAGGACUAUCACAAGCGUUCGGGCAGGGAUCCUCAGCGGGGAGAAAUCCUCUCGGCCAAGUCUUCGGACAGUGAUGUCAGCGACGUGUCCGCUGUGUCGAGAACCAGCAGUGCGUCUCGAUUCAGCAGCAUGAGCUACAUCUCAGUCCAAUCAGAACGGCCGCGGGGCAGCCGCAAGAUCAGUGAAUUUACGUCCAAAAUGAAAAACAGGCAAAUGGAAACCGCAGCCGGAGGCAACAUGACCAAGAGCACCAGCAUCGGCGGAGACAUGUGCAGUCUGGUGAAGACCGACGGCAGCCAGUCGGACACGGCCGUGAGCCUGGUGGGAACCGUUGACAAGAAACGGCGCUCCAGUAUCGGCGCCAAGAUGGCAGCGGUCGUGGGGUUGAGCCGAAAGAGCCGCAGCGCCUCGCAGCUCAGCCAGACAGAAGCAGGAGGAAAGAAGCUGCGCAGCACUAUCCAGAGGAGCACAGAGACGGGACUGGCCGUAGAGAUGAGAAGCAGAAUGACCCGGCAGGCCAGCCGCGAAUCCACUGACGGCAGCAUGAACAGCUACAGCUCAGAGGGAAAGUGA